GAUUAUUUGUGUCUUUAUAUUAUCUUUGGAUUGAUAGCCUUCAAUCGGGACUUGACCAUAGGGAACAAUUGAAUUCUGGGUUGCCAUCCCAAUCAUCCACACCUUUCUCUUUUGUUCCUUUUACCCUGCAAUCACAUCCAUCUGCGUCUUGGUCUGCUCCCACUGGUCCCUUCCAAUCUCCGGUUUCCCAAAUCCCUAAUUCCCUUCUCGUUAUCUCUAUCUUCAGGAAACCCUACUUUUGCUGUGGAGUGAUUAGCCUGCUUUUCUUUGUUGUGUGGAUUAGGGUUUUUUUUUGUUGUUGUUGUUGGGUGCCUCUCUUGGCUGCUUGUGUGAAGUUGGUUAUCUUUCCUUAUCUGUCCCCCCCCACACACAUCUUCCCCGGAAUCUCACUCCACAACCUCGUUUUGCAUGAUUUUUUCAGCUAUUGAUCGAUCGGCAUCUGUUGAUUCGCCAUUCAAGAAACAGUUCGGAUCUGAUUUCCAACAGCUAUUUAGGCGAAGAUCAUCGGUGGGAUGGUCAUCAAUCUGAAGGAGAGAGAGAGAGAGAGAGAGCUAGUGUAGAAAACAGAUCCUAUCUUGUGUUCAGGAGUUGAUGAUUUUGGAUUUUGGAGCUUUGACUGGUGUUGGAAACUUUGGAGCCCUCUGUCUCGGUUUCAGGUCCCUUCUGUUUUGCUAGUUAUAUGCUUUAUACACUGGGCUGGUGAAGAUGGUGAUGGAAGAAGUGAGCUGCAGUUCAUCCUGGACAAGGGAGCAGGAAAAAGCAUUUGAAAAUGCUUUGGCAACGCAUCCUGAGGAUUGCAGCGACUGGUGGGAGAAAAUUGCCGCCAAUGUGCCUGGGAAAUCAAUAGAGGAUGUAAAGAACCACUAUGAGCUUUUGCUAGAGGAUAUCAAUGGAAUCGAGUCUGGCCGAGUCCCUCUACCUUGCUAUCCAUCUUUGUCGGACGGUGAUGACCAUGCUAAUGAUGGCGUUAGUGGUAAGAAGGGAGGGCUUUCACAUGGUGAUCCCAGUCAUAGUGGGAAAGCUUCGAAAUCAGAUCAAGAACGCAAAAAGGGAAUCGCAUGGACUGAGGAUGAACACAGAUUGUUCCUUCUUGGACUUGAUAAAUAUGGCAAAGGUGAUUGGAGAAGCAUUUCUCGGAAUUUCGUAAUAUCGAGAACACCUACACAGGUCGCAAGCCAUGCCCAAAAGUACUUCAUUCGGUUGAACUCGAUGAACAAAGAGCGGAGAAGGACCAGCAUCCAUGAUAUCACCAGUGUCGGCAACAUAGACAUAUCGACUCAACCGCCAAUCACUGGUCAAACGAGCAGUCCAGUUGCAGCUACGGGGAGUUCGAUCAACCAAUCUCCUCAGCCAUAUGGAACUGCCAUCGGACAGCCGGUUGGUGGUCCUAUGAUGCCAGCAGUAGGCACUCCGAUUAAUCUUCCUGUUCCCGGAGCACCUCAUAUGGCUUAUGGGGUUCGAGCAGUGGUUCCUGGUGCCCAAGUGAACAUUCCACCAAGUACGUAUCCGAUGCCGCCAACAUCGUGUAAUCGAUAGUAGCAGCAGUAUGUCAUUCUGGGCAAAAGAAAGGAAGUGCUGCUUGUUUCUCAUGCAACUUCAUUAUCAUCUCAAAUAAGCUGAUGGCUGGAAAAGCAUCCUUUUCUUGAUGUAUCUGAGGGCUCGCUGCAGGUUAGAUAGACAAGAGCAGCUCUUAGCACUGUUGUUAAUCAUAUUACUUGUGUGAUGACUCCUUCCAAUCCUAUUCAGAAACAAUAAGUGCAGGAUUCAAAUGGUGUCACAGCAACCGAGUGGUAUAUGAGUCAUGUCAUGUUGACAUAUGUAGUGAUCUUGCAUACACCUUUUUCAUCUACUCCUUAUAAAGGAAAGAAAAAUAAGAACUUGUUUUCGAAAUAGUGCUGUAUUUUUAUGCAGAUUGCAAUAUAAAUAUCCGGUUGUUUGCGGUUUUA